UUUACAUAUAUGAAGGAUGUGGCUUUAACUGGCUCAGGUAAGAGGGCUGGGCUCAUUAUAAGUAAAUGCAGCUUGGAAAGAUGCGCAGAACCUUGGAGCAGGGAAGAAACGACUUUGAUCUUUUCUUCACAUACAAAUAAAGUAAAAACACUGGGAUAUCAUGCGGUUCAGCAUACUCUUCUUCAUCGUCCUCCUGGGCUUCCUCUACCUCACACUAGCACAAGGCUCGUAUGAGGACUGCUGUCUGAGGUACGUGAAAAAAGUGAAACAGUCCACGAGGAACAAAGUGACCAGCUACAGAAAACAAGAGCUGGACGGAGGCUGCAACAUUCCCGCUACUGUCUUCACAUUGAAACAUGGCCGUGUAUUCUGCGCUGACCCCAGAGAGAAUUGGGUGCGUGAACUGAUGCAAAGGUUGGACAGAGUUCCGGACGGCUUUGGUAUGAAGAGGAAGCAUUCAAGGGGCUAAACACGCCAGUGACGGCCGUGAGAAGACCUGAGGAGAAAGCUGCCCGAACGUCUCAGCCAAUCACAUUGUUUCUUCGAGUGGUGUGGCUCCUCCCACAGUCUUUAUAAAGCUUUGAGUGUUGGCUCCUUGAGCCCAAAAUGUUUCAUUAUGGACUGACUGAAGUUCUCAACAUUUCCUGUGUUCUGCUCUGUGCUCGCUGUGGCGUCAGAUGCCAUUUACUGUUUCCAAACCGCUGUUGUUUCACUGACGGACUGCUGGUUUAACGCUCAGAAUGGAAAGAAUAAUUACUAGCGCUUUUCACCCUCAAUUAAAGGCUCUGUUCCAAAACCUAGUGAGCUGCCUUGCUAUCUACAGUCUAGAGGUCGACCCAUAGUGGACUUUGCAGAUACCGAUAACUAAGGUGGCGGAAAAGGCCAAUAACCGAUUAAUCGGCAAAUUGUUGUUAAAAUCGUUUCAUAGAAUAUUACAACAUUUUCUUAGUUGCCGCAAACAUAGAGGUCAGAGUCAAAAAUGAAUACAAACCCAGACUUAGUUAAUUUUCAACCAAAAUCCCAAUAAUAAUCACAAAAAAGAGGAUAGGGUGCAUAACGUGGGACUUCUAACACUAAACAAGCCUGAAAAACACCAGAGACUUUUAUUUUGAAAUGUUACAAUGCUCUAUAGUUAAUAGUUACCAAAUAAAGCUUUUUAUAGCCUAUAUAUUAUUAUUAUUAAUCACAUAAUGAAGUAAUCACUUCAAUUUAGAGAAACGUAAUUUUCAGAGGAACACAUAGAAACAAAAAAAAUAAAAAAUAUCGGCACCGAUUAAUCGGUAAAACCGAUAUAUCGGUAUACCUGUACUACAGUUUAUGUAGGCAGCGACCUCUUAUGCAGUAACAGGUUUCUAAGCUAACAAUGUGAUACUCUUAUUAGCAUUCAAAUUAAUAGCAAAAAUAAAGUAGUCCAUAAAGUAAUUUUUUAAAAGCGUGUCUCGAGACACCUGCAUUCUGUUAUUCGGUUGCGUCUAGCUUUUUAAGCGCAAGAAAAUGUUCGUUCUGAACGGCCCCUUAGAAUAGUGCCAAAGGAAGGUCCGCACUGCAUUGCCAGUCAUAGACAGAUGCCUAUAAAUGCUGCCUACGAAGGCAGCUUACUAGGUUUCCGAACAGAACUUAUAUGUAUAACGUCAAUAGGAGGGUUGUAUGAUUAAGCUAUUGCAGCAUGAUCUUGCACCUUGGUUUAGUGCUUCCUGCCAUUAUCUAUAACAGUCAAGGUGAUAAAAUUGCUUGACAAAAUUUUGACAUAAAUAUUGGUGGGACAGAUUUGCAAGCAACGCAAAUAUAAUCUGUUUGUACGAUACAAUAAUGCAAUUGUGCUUCUGGCAAUAAGCUUAACAAGUUCGACUUAUUAAUAAGAUACAUAUUCAUCAAUCUCAUUUAAAAUGUAUAUUCUUUAAUUUUUUUAUUAUAAAAAUAUCUGAAACUGUAUUGAGCUUCCCUUUUGUAUGUUUGGUGUAUUUUGUAUUUAAAUGGAUCUGUUUUUUCUAUAAUUUGUUUUUAUGUCACAUUUAAUUUUCACAACAACUGAACCAGUGAGAAUGUAACUUUGCAAUUAAGUUAUGCAAUGAGUUUUAUUGUUUGGCUGUUUUGCAACUGGUUCAUGCGAUCUUUGGCUUUACUUGGCUGUCCUAUAUCAGAUAAAGAAUUUGCUUAUAUAUAUAUAUAUAUAUAAAUAAAAUGCAUAAC